AUGUUUCCACUUUCGCUGACCUUGCUAACUGCCUGGCUUUUCACAACAGCAUCGGGAUCCCCACAAACUCCGGCAGCGCCUUUCCCAUUUCUAAUCGGAAAUACUUCUGUACUCCCACCGGGGUGGUCUGGAAAUAGUCAAUGUCUUGCGACUUUCAGCGACUGCACAUUUAAUGAUUUGCCUUUGGAAAGAGAAUUUCUCUCUGGACCGGCUUUUACUGAUCCAGUGCACAUGACGAUAGAACUUUGUGUGGCUUUCUGCGAUGGACAAGGUUCUCGUAUGGCUGGGUUGAAGGGUACCGAAUGCCGAUGUCCUGGAAAUCGUCGAGAAUCUUGCGGACUUUCCGACGGCACCCCGCCUCUGUUUAACAUCUUUUUCAACGAAGUAACGCAAUUCAGCUGCUCCAACUUCCUAUGGCCAGGUGGCGCAUCAUUGACUGCUGUCGGUUCCUGGAGAUUUUCAUAUUUUUACAACGACUCACCAACAGCUCAUGCAUUGACAGUAAACAUGCCCGCCUUGCAUGGUAAUCUCACCUCUGUGGGGUGUGUCACCGAAUGUGGCAAUUCAGGCUUCACACUAGCAGGGUUGACUGGAGGAGACGAAUGCUAUUGCGGUAACUCCAUCCAAAAUUCAGCACAUCCCAUCACCGAUUGUACUGCCCUUGGAUUCGGUUCACAAAAAAUGAUCCCUUGUACGGGCAACUCGAACGAAUUUUGCGGAGGGCCGAAUAUCAUGUCAAUAUACACCCUUCCCGUUUUGAUUGUCCUGGAAGCACAUGAAAAUGGGACCAAUAACACAGGGGACUAG